UUACGCAUUUGAUUCUAAUAAAACAAUUGGGUGAUAAUAAGUUAACCAAAAUAAUACAACAUGCCCCCUAAAAAAAGGAUUCAUUCUAAAUCACCAAGUUCAAAAUUAAAAAAAUUGAAGUUAACAACAGAGUCUGACGAUAAUACAAAUAUUUCUAAUGAUACUGAAUUAUCCAAAGAUUUAUCAGAAAUUACAAAUAACACGGAUAACAAUAAUGCUUCGUUAAAUACAUCACCAUCAUCAUUGUCAUCAACACAAUUACCAAUUUCUGAAAGAUUAUUAUUAAUUGAACAAGAUUUAUGUCAACAGUUAAAAAAUAUCAAAUUCCCUUCCAAAGUUGAAUAUAUUUACAAUCCAAUAAUCUAUGCAUUUGAUGUGCAUGCAAAGUAUGUGCAAACUUAUUGCAAUGAAACAAAAACAAUUUUAUUUCUUGGAAUGAAUCCUGGUCCAUGGGGUAUGUCGCAAACAGGUGUACCAUUUGGUGAAAUUAGUAUGGUUCGCGACUGGUUAAAGAUUCAGGGUUUUGUUGGAAAACCAUCUAAAGAACAACCGGAUAGAAAAGUAACCGGGUUUGAUUGUAAACGUAGUGAAAUUAGUGGUAAAAGGCUAUGGGGAUUAUUUAAAGAAUUAUGUGGAACUCCGGAGAAUUUUUUUAAACAUUCUUAUGUACAUAAUUAUUGUCCUAUCGCUUUAAUGGAUCGUAAAGGAAAAAACAUCACACCUGCAGAUUUAAAGAAAGAAGAACAAAAAUUAAUACACGAAUUGUGCGAUCAAGCAUUAUCCAAAAUAAUUCAAUUAUUGGAUGUGAAGAUUGUAGUUGGUGUAGGAAGAUUUGCAGAGAAAAGGGCACAGGCUGUAGUAAGUGCGGAUAAUUUAUCUGCUCAGGUGUUAUGGAUUACUCAUCCUAGUCCAAGAUCAGUUGGAAAUCAAAACUGGGAUGAGAAAACCAAACAAAGAUUGCACGAACUUGAAUUAGCAAAGUAUUUUACCAAUUAAAUAAUUAAUAUUAUCGUAAUAAGUAAAAAA